GCGGCGUGGCGGGUGCCACAGAAGUCGUCGAUUUUUGUGGACCCUGAGAUUCUUACUUUGGUGCUUGUUGCGCUGUGCCCGUCCAUCCUAUCGAUAAAUUAUAAUUAGUCUUCCAUCUCUUACUACGAAUCAUUUCUUCCAAGCAACCAAUUCAACAUCGCUUACUGUGAACAAGUAAAAGAUGUCUGCCAAGGACUACUACGGUAACCAACAACAACCCUACGGCCAGCAAUACGGCGGUGGCUAUCCCCAACAAGGCGGAUACGGUGGUCCUCCCCAACAGGGCGGAUACUAUCCUCCUCCCCCUCAGCAAUCAUACCAACAGCCUGGCCAGUACUACCCUCAACCCCAGCCUCAGCCCGUAUACGUCCAACAACAACCUAAAAAAUCUGGUGGCGGUGGCGCAGGUUGUUGCGCUUGUCUUGCCGGUGCUCUCUGUUGUUGCUGCGCCGAAGAACUCUGUUGCGACAUGUUGUUCUAACCUCCUCACUCUUCCCUGCCUUCAGUCUUCGCCCUCGGCUCGGAUUAAUAUAGGCACGUAGAUGAGAAGGUGUCAAGCUACCAAUCUGGGAUGUGGGUGAGCGUGUGUAAAAGCAUAUCCUGCAUUUCGACAUGGACUUUGGGCAUAAGGGGAUGAUGAGGGGGACGAUGCGGACUGGAGGGUAGUAGGCGAAUAGAGGUGUAUUCUAGUUUAUUAUUGUCAUGUUUUCUUUGUCUCGGAGCUUGCAUACACGAAUCUAAGCUUCUCUUCUUUCUAUUCAGGUACCAUUCUAUAGGUUCUAAAUUACCUUGCUCUAUGCGAUACUUGUUGCGGAUCAGAC